CACUCGUCUAUCGCCGCGAGUCACAUCACAGUUUUGUUCUUAUCAUAGCCAAAUUCACUUGAAAAUAUCGGAGUAACUGCCGAAUUUUAACUUAUGUUUGUAAUGAAAUGGGGAAAAUAAAAGUGUUCGUUUAAUUCAGCCGGGCUUCUUUCAAGAGUGAUUUGAAACCGAAAGUCGUGUCGUACUACAACUACACACCCACGACAGCUUGACCAAUUCAGUAGGUAAUUUCAGAACUCGUCUAUCGACCUAUUCUGCUGCCUACAUAAUUCGUUAGAACUUUUCGGGAUGUUAGACUGUAGUGUAAAAUAACAAUGACUGAAAUGUGAUCUAGUGGAGGUGUCAGGGAUCUUAACAGCCACGGAUAAAAUGAGUAAUUGGGCGCGGAGGAUGCACCGGCGGGCGGCCACACUGAGCAGUGUGGUCACCUCCUGUGGGCAUCCUAACUCGCUGCCGUAUCCAAGAAGACUGGAGAAAGUUAAGUUCGGCGUACCCUUACAUGAAGUGUGCAAGGACGACAUACCAGGGCCUUUACUGGUGCUAAUUUUGAAGCUGAAUAAGGAGGCGCCGCUUCGUAGGGAUGUUUUUCGCGCACCUGGGCACCAGGGCGCAAUGAAGAAAUUGAUACACUUCUUGCAGACUGGGAGGCUGGUGAACGUCGAUAACUACUCAGUGUACACCAUUGCUAGUGUGCUCAAGAAGUUCCUUAGGAAAAUCCCUGGCGGUGUGUUCGGGCGGGAAGGGGAGAUGAAGCUGUUUGCAUGCGUCGAUCUGCCCGAGGAGCGACAGGUCGAAGAAAUACGAAGAUUGCUGAUGUCUCUGCCGGUAUGCACGCAGCGGUUUCUGGUACUUCUCUUCGGCACCUUCCGGGUAAUGGCCUCCAACGCUGACAAAUCAGGCACAGGUAUGACAUCGGAAGCGCUGGGAGUGUCGGUGGCACCGUCUUUCUUCCACUCUUGCGUAUCGGACGGCAAGACAGCCACAAUGGAGGAUGUCCAGCGUUUCAAGGUGGCGACUCGAAUUAUGCGGCAGUUGAUCGAGCAGUUCAGCGCCGGGGACCUAUUCGGGCACGACAACUACGAGUACUAUGCUCGCGUCACCGGCCGCGUCCUGCGCGUCAAGGACGAAUGGAUCUGCUCCUUCCGCGACCCGCCACCGCCGAGACACCGCUGCGACCAGGAAGCAUAUGCCAGACAAUUGUCUUUAGAGGCCGAGAAGACUUGGCUCCAAUGCGAGAGCGAUCGUUGGGGGAACAAGUUCAAUCUUGAAAGUCUGUCUAAGUCGGAAGAGUGCCAGUCGAUGCCUGCACUGAUGGGCGUUGUAGGCGGCGGCACCGUUGGCACCGUGCUCGGACUUGGCAUCAUUCCGGAGCACAGCCUUCUCGACUCCUGCACUCGACUCUCGAUCUCGCUCGAAGAGAGCGUCUUUAAGAUAUCAGUGAGCUCCUCAUCACAAUCGUCCCGUAGCAACUCCAGCCCCCAAAUGACGCUCGAAGAACUCCGCGCUAUCAACAAGUAUGCUGAAGCCACUAAAAGUCUCUCGUACUUGCCACAGGUGCACGAGCGGCAGCGCUCGCGGAUGCGCGCGCGCUCCGAGUGGUUCCUGCAGCCGGCGCCUUCGCUGGAGACGACGCGCCCCCGCGCCGGCGGGGAACGUCGCAGCUCGCGGCGUCGGUCUCGGCGCUCUCGGAUGUGCGGCGGCUGUGCCGCGUGUCGCAACAUCGCGCACUCCGACACUGAGAUCCCGAUCACUGUCCAGUCUCGUAAAGUGACCGCCUGACAGGGUGAGUCGCAGGAGUGCACCUGCUCGCACCCAGACCCCGCCGGCGGAAUGCUACCCGACGCGCCAAAUCUCAACGAAUGAGCACCAGCCGCCGUCUCCGCGCGACCAUCAACAGCGUUGAUACAAAUAUUAAUUGAAGUCUAUGACCGCCUAGAACCGAUCCUACAACCGCAUCAGUCAGGUCACUUUCCUCAGUUAUGGCAACGAUCGGUCUAAUAAUAAGAAGAUAUUAGUAUUGUGACCACCUCUGCCCGGUCUCCGACCAUCGGAAUUAUGUAGUCUCUGAACGUUCCCGUUUGCUCGCGAGGACAUAGUGUGACGCCACAGCCAGAGAUGGGCAGUGGGUUGAAACCCGCCCGGGUUUUUACCAGUUCUACCCAAAAUCUUGGGCGGAAGCUGUUAUAGGUGUAAAAUAAUACGGAAGUCGAUAUAAUUCUAAUAUAUUUAUUUAGAAUUUCAAUGUGAAAUAGCGAACUCCACACAAUACCCACCUUUCCAUACUGUGAACUCUCACUUACAACUAGGGAUGCACUACGAUUAUACUACUACGAUUCGAUUUUGAUGACAAUUGAUUAAAGUGCAUAAAUUUUUGUAUCGAUUCAUUUCUGCGAUGCAAUACGAUUUUCAAGCGAAUCGAUUCAAUCAAUAGAAAGGCAGCAUUAUGUCUAUAAUGUCGUUAUUACAUUUGAACAAAAACUCGAAUACAAAUAUUUAGUUGUAAAUAGUUUUUGCCCGCUAUUUCCGGCGUUAAACCCCUAAAAAUUAAAAGCGCAGGGUUAAAAUUCGGCCGCUUGCCCAUCUCUGGUCACACACAGCCAACUCCGCAAGACUGGGACAAACACUACGUGUCCAAUAAUUAUCCAAAGAAUGUUUUAAAAUUAUGUAAGUGUCUGAACACGUCGUGGCUUAAAAAUUUGUUCACAGACUGUCAUAAACGCGAUUAGUUUUUUUAUACCCAUGUAAAUGGUGUAAACCAUCGAGCGUUCGAGAUGCCUUCACCGCGACUAAACUUGAUCAGUUUUACGGAAUAUAUAACCGAUUAUCGUAAUAAUUAAUUAGCACUAUUCGUAGGGCAAUUUUUCACAAAUCGUGCAUAGAAUAGAAUAAUUUCAUUAUAUCAGUGUCACAUUAUAUUAUAACUUGUAUCGUGCUUUCGCAUGUUUAAGUUUACUCGCGUUGAAGCUCGUUUGUGCAUUCAGGCCAUAUCAUUUGCUAAUACAUUAUAUAUAAUAGAAGAAUAGUGACAUAUAAUUUAUUUUAUAACUUAUUUUGCAGUGAAUAAAAUACUGUAUGUAAGAAUGUACCUAACUAUGGACUUGCAUGGCCAAACACGCUCUUACUAAAAUGGCUGAUUUAACGUGUCUGUUAGAUAAGUAAAUUCUUUUAGAAGAUAUAACAUCACGCGUAACGUGUUUGUAACUUCAGCGGAUGUUUACGAUUAGGAUUAUAAAUUAUGAGUAUUAAAGUAUCAAUGAGUCAACGAAGCCGUGACAUAGAAUGUGUUAAUUGCAUACCUGUCGAGGCACCGCGGCUUUCUUGCAUUAUAGGAAAACAACAUUUUUAAUUCAACUUUUAUCGAGUCGAGGCCUAUUAUAAUACAUGAUAUAAAAAUUUGGUGAUUCGAUUGUUUGUUACAAUUCUGUUGCGUUUCGAAAAUUCCAACGAUUGAGUUCAGCGAAUUCGUCAAACUGCAUUGUUAGUGGUCUGUUAUUGUGCGAAGGUUUUUUUUGUAAAAUUAUAAUGUUUGAGAAUUGGGAAUUAUUAUACAACCCUUUAAAAGUACGAUUAAAACAAUUUUGACACAUUAUGGUCAAGAAUAUUGGUAAGAUUCAAUCGCAAUUACACAUGUGUAGAAUAAAUUAAAACAAUUGGUUGAAUGUUUUGAGAACUGAAAAUUUUCCUUAAUGCUCUCUAUGAAGUUUUGUUUUGGUUUUCUCUUUUAAAUAAGAUUUCGAUUGAUUACGGACGAUUGGUCCACACUUUAUGAAUGGUCCAGGGGAUCUAUUCCCUUUCUCCGUCCAACAUCCGUCUGAAACAAUUACUAUAAAAGAAUUAAUACUCGAGCAUUUUUGAUUUGCUCGAGUAAUUUUAUAGUAAUUGAUACAGAUGGAUGUUGGACGUAGAAAGGGAGUAGACGUCCUGUUCUAGUGCUCUUACUGUAUACAACAUUUUAAUGUCAUGCCUAAGAACAAAUUAUUUGCAUUUCAUUGGUUGUGUUUGUGACACAUGGUCUAUAUAUCGCGCUGCUAUUACAAUAGUGUUAUAACUCAAAAUAUUUGAAAUUCAAGAUUAUUCCAUUGUUGAACGUGAUUCUCUACACGUC